AUGUCUCCACCUGAAACACCUAAGAAGGAGAGUCUAAAAGAAAAUGAGGAUUUGGCAAUUAAGGAAAAUGGUACCUCUCCUAGGGAGAUCGGAGAUAAGAUCAAGGUCGAGUCGGCUGGUGAGUAUGAGACGCCGGAACUAACUUCAGAUGAGGAGAAUCUGGUUCAAUUGCAGACGCCUAGAAAAAGAAGGAAAGUUAACUUAUCUAAAGAGCACGAUUUUACCUCUCCGCUAAAGAAGGUUAUAAUGAAUAAUCUGAACGAAUACAAAAAGAGUGAUCUGGCUGACAAACUAAAGCUCAGUAGAGACUUUGUUAAUACACAAGUACCGCGACCUGCUGAUGUGGAGAAAUUAAAAGCGAAUAGGGCCGUAACGUCUUUUACAGACACAUUUGAAGGAUACUUUGAACAGAAACGGUCAGUUAGAGGAGUAAAAGUUUCUAAAAACUCGAUUACAAUGGCUCCACACGUAACUAGAGAGGAGUUUGGGUUGAUAAGUAAUAUCUUUCACCGCAAUCUUCAUAAAAAUCUGAGAGAUCAUUUAUACAUUAUACAGAAGAAGCUAUACCCACAGUAUUGGUUUGAAGUAAUACAAGGAUUCUCACUUCUAUUCUACGGUAUUGGAUCAAAGAAGGUAUUUCUUGAGGACUUUGUAUUCAAGUAUCUUUCGCCAAAACUUGCAUUAUCACAAGCAAUUGAAGUUCCGACUUAUAACGGUAAAAAAUCGAAAUUCGAAGGUAUACCCGUCGUGGUUGUAAAUGGUUACAACCCUACUUGUAACUAUAGAGAUGUAUUUAAGGAUAUAUUGAGCCUACUAACACCGGCUGAAUUAACUCAGAGUGAAUCAAAGUUUUGGGGUAAUCAUGUUAUAAUGAACAUUCAGAAAUUAAUUGACUAUUACAAAGAUAAACCCUUGGACAUAAAGCUUAUUGUGGCAAUUCAUAACAUCGAUGGUCCCAACAUUAGACGUGGUGAUUCUCCUACCAUUUUAAGUUUUCUUUCUUUGAUACGGCAAGUUGCAAUAGUAGCAUCAGCAGACCAUAUAUAUGCACCAUUUCUCUGGGACAAUCUGCGUGCCCAAAACUAUAACUUUGUGUUCCACGAUGUGACUAAUUAUGCGCCAUACGAAGCAGAGUCAUCAUUCCAAGAUGUGAUGCGUCUUGGUAAAUCAGAGAACAGUACUGGUGCAGAAGGUGCUAAGUAUGUCUUGCAAUCUUUGACACUAAAUUCCAAAAAAAUGUAUAAGCUUCUAAUAGAAACGCAAUUGCAGCACAUGGAGAAAGUUAGUACAACGAAGAGUACUGGUAAAGUGGCUGCAUCUAAGCGUGGUACCAUGUCAAUGGGUGUUGAAUUUAAACAAUUAGUACAUUUAUGUGCAGCAGAUUUUAUUGCGUCAAAUGAAAUGGCUCUGAGAUCAAUGCUAACAGAAUUUAUAGAGCAUAAGAUGGCAUCAGUAUCAAAGAAUACAGUUGGCACAGAGUUUGUAUGGGUACCAUACACAUACGCAGAGAUGAAAAGGCUUCAAGAAAUACUCUAUGAGGAAUGA